AUGGAAGAAGUCAUUACAAGUUGCCCAGUUAGAAUAUGCCCAGGCUGUCAGAAGACAACAAAGAAAGGAAAUGAAUUUGGAGAGAAAGAAUUAUGUGGAUUUUGUUAUUUUGGAGAGUCUUUUCUGAGAAAAAGUGGCAACCAGUAUAUUGAUGAUUUUCUAAGAAAAUUUGCAGAAUGGAAGGGGUAUCCUUUCUUGGAAUUUAUACCGUACGAGGAGUUUUCAAGUAUUAAAAAAAUUGGGCAUGGAGAUUUUAGUCAAGUUUUUAAGGCAACAUGGAAUAAAGGGCGUCUUCGUUUCUGGCAUAAAAAAGACGGAAAAUUUGGUCGAUUUCCACCGGAAACAGUAGCAUUAAAGUUUUUUGAUAAAUCACAGGAAAUGAACUCUGAAUUUUUGAAAGAGCAACAAUUCUUAAAUCGAAUUAAUAUGCCGGCAAAAUAUAAAAGACGUUUUAUUGAAGUUUACGGAAUUUCGCAAGAUCCCGUGUCUGAAAAUUAUAUUUUUGUCACAAAACCUUCAAAUCGACCCGAAAUAGAAGAAAUCGUGAGAAUAGUGGAAGAAUGGAAGAGUAACUAUUAUCUACAGUUUAAAGAAGCCGAAGAAGAACGCCAGAAAAUAAUUAAGGAUGAUGCCCCAUUUAGGAAAGAUUGUCAUCCGGGUUCAAUACAUUAUAAAAUUAAUAAAAUGCUAUUUGAUUCGCCCAGGGUUGAAAAAACACCCGAGUAUCAAUCUAAAGUGGGCUCAGAAUGUCAACAAGAAAGUGCAUUGACAAAUUCAGGACAAAGAAACAAUAUUUCUAAAUGGAUCCCAUACGAAGAAUUUUCAGAUAUAGAAAAAAUUGGUCAAGGUAGAUCGAGUCAAGUUUAUAAAGCGAUCAGGUAUAAGAAUGGAAAUAAGAUGAUGGCAAAGGAAAAAAAAUUAGUACUGAAGAUUCUCAAUGAAUCUCGAAAUCUGGUUUCUGAAUUUUCAAAAGAGCCAAAAUUAGAAUUCUUAUUUUCAAAGAAGUAUAGGCGCAUAAAUGGAUGUUACGGGAUUUCACAAGAUCCUAAGACUCUGAAUCAUAUAAUUGUUAUGAACUAUAGACCUGUGGAUUUGAAUGUUUAUUUGCAAGCCAACUUUACAAAAAUUACUUGGUUUAACAAAAGAGAGAUUUCGAAUAAUAUCGCAUCAGGAAUUAUGUCAAUUCAUAGAUGGAAUGUAAUUCAUCGAAAUUUACAUAGCGGCAAUUUGUUAAUGGCAAAGGGACAACCAAAUCCUCUAGUUGAAAUUGAUUUGGGAUUUAAUAAUACCACGAAAGAGUUAAGUUACUCUGGUAUUUCAUUUGUAAAAGGAUUCGAACAGAAUCAUCCAAAAUCAGUGUAUUAUGCUAGAUUAUUGAAUCCCAUUAUAGAGAUUGCAAAUAACAUUAAAAAUUCGAGAAAUUCGUUUAACCUUUCGAAACCCUCGGCUAGCGAAGAAACAUUGGAGCCUCUGGAAAUUCAUGUAGAACCCCCAAGACCAAAAAACGUUAGCAAGAGUCAUUAUCAAAAAGGGAGAUGUUCUAACUGUCACAUAUACAGAAGAUAUGCGGACGUGGGCAAGAAAAUUUGCAGGCUUUGUUCUUUUGCUGAAUUAUUUCCAAAAAGUGACAAUCAGGAUAUUAAUAACUUUCUCGUAAGAUCAUCAUAUAACCAAGCAAGAAGCAUUUUAGAGUGGAUACCAUAUGAGGAUUUUUCGGAUAUUGGAUAUAUCGGAAUUGGUGGAUUUAGUAAGGUUUACAAAGCGACGUGGCACAGGGGACAUAUUAAGCAUUGGAAUUUAUUAACGGGAGAAGUAGUUCGUUCCGAAUCCGUGGAAGUAGCAUUGAAAGUGCUCAGCGAUUCAGCGGAUAUAAGUUCAACCUUUCUAAAUAAAUUACAAAGUUUAUAUUUAUUUAAAUCAGACGAAGUAAAACAUCGUCAUAUUAUUAAAUGCUAUGGAGUUUCACAGGAACCCGAAACAAAAAAUUACAUUUUUGUCAUGCAAUAUGCAAAUUAUGGCAGCUUGAGAAAUUUACUGGCAACCGAAUUUAAUUAUAGAGAAAUAAUCGAAAUUCUAGAUUCCGAAGAACUUCUAGCGGCAGAGAAAAAACGUGAAGAGAUGAUAAAAUCCGGAAUUCCAUUUGUAAAAUCUAGAAAAACUUCAGAACAUAGCUCCAGUAAUGUUUCGGAGAAUUCUCUGUGA